AUGGCGUCGUGCAUCUUCUGCAAGAUCAUCAAGGGCAAGUCUAGCGAGAUCCCUUGCUUCAAGCUCGUCGAGACGGAGAAGUCCCUCGCUUUUCUCGACAUCAACCCUCUUAGCCGUGGUCAUGCUCUCGUGAUUCCCAAGGUCCAUGGUGAGAAGCUGACUGAUAUUCCUGACGAUUUCCUGACGGACAUCCUGCCGAUCGCCAAGAAGCUCGUCAAGGCUACUGGCGCUGAGGAAUACAACAUCCUGCAGAAUAACGGCCGUGGUGCUCACCAGGAGGUUCCUCAUGUGCACUUCCACAUGAUUCCCAAGCCGAACCAGCAGGAGGGUCUAGGCAUUGGUUGGCCGAUCCAGAAGACCGAUAUGGACAAGCUCAAGGCGCUGUAUGAGGAGAUCAAGGACAAGCUCUAA